AUGGCAGCAACAAAUCAGCUUGGUGAGAACUUGUCUGUAGUAGUCCAUGGAGUUGGAGAUCUUCGCCUGGAAAACCGUCCAGUUCCUGAACCUGGUCCAAAUGAGGUGCUACUGAAAAUGCAUUCAGUUGGAAUAUGUGGCUCAGAUGUACAUUACUGGCAGCAUGGGCGUAUUGGAGAUUUCAUUGUGAAGAAACCCAUGGUUCUUGGACAUGAAGCUUCGGGGACCGUGAUUAAAGUGGGAUCUUCAGUCACUCAUCUCAAGCCAGGUGAUCGAGUUGCUAUUGAACCAGGAGUUCCAAGAGAAACUGAUGAAUUCUGCAAAACUGGACGCUAUAACUUGUCUCCCACCAUUUUUUUCUGUGCUACACCACCGGAUGAUGGAAACUUGUGUAGAUACUACACACAUAAUGCAAACUUCUGUUAUAAACUUCCUGAUAAUGUAACAUUUGAAGAAGGAGCUCUGAUAGAACCUCUCUCUGUAGGAAUCCAUGCUUGUAGGAGAGCUGGGGUUACACUUGGAAGCAAGGUCUUUAUAUGUGGAGCAGGACCUAUUGGGCUGGUUUCACUAAUUGUAGCGAAGAUGAUGGGAGCCUCGCAAACAGUGAUAAGCGAUUUAUCUUCAUCACGGCUGGAAAAGGCCAAAGAAGUGGGAGCAGAUUUUAUUCUUCAAGUCACCAAUGAGACUCCUGAGCAGACUGCACGGAAAGUUGAAGAAUUGCUUGGGUGUAUGCCAGAGAUCACCAUAGAGUGCACUGGAGCUGAAUCCUGCAUUCAAACAGGAAUCUAUGCAACACGCUCUGGCGGGACUUUAAUUCUUGUUGGUCUGGGGCCUGCUAUGGUCAAUGUUCCAAUUGUUAAUGCAGCAGUGCGAGAAGUUGAUAUCAGAGGGAUAUUCAGAUAUUGUAAUACGUGGCCAAUGGCUAUCUCUAUGUUGGCUUCUAAAAGAGUGAAUGUAGCUCCAUUGGUUACACAUCGUUUUCCCUUAGAGAAGGCUCUGGAUGCAUUUGAAACUACAAAGAGAGGUGUAGGGGUAAAAGUAAUGCUGAAAUGUGAUAAAGAAGACCAGAACCCUUAA